AAUAUUAUCCAGCACUCAGAAGAAAUGGACUGCCAGGCGAUGAAGACAUGUAGAAAUCUUAAAUGCCUAUCACGAAAUGAAAGAAGCUAAUCUGAAAAGACUACCAUGCCUGCGGGCAUCUUGCCCGAAAAUGAAGAACCAUGUUCCACUUUGGUGAAUAACAGUGCAUAUGCUGCAAACAUGAAGGGAAACUCAGGACGUCCAACACCAAAGUACACGAAAGUCGGAGAGCGCUUACGGCAUGUGAUUCCCGGACACAUGGCCUGCUCCAUGGCGUGUGGUGGCAGAGCGUGCAAGUAUGAAAACCCCGCCCGCUGGAGUGAGCAGGAGCAAGCCAUUAAGGGGGUCUACUCGUCGUGGGUCACUGAGAAUAUCCUGGCUAUGGCUCGCCCGUCCACCGAGCUCCUGGAGAAGUAUCACCUCAUUGAGCAAUUCCAGAGCCACGGCAUAAAAACAAUCAUCAACCUGCAGCGCCCGGGUGAACAUGCCAGCUGUGGGAACCCUCUGGAACAGGAAAGCGGCUUCACGUACCUUCCUGAAGCUUUCAUGGAGGCUGGCAUUUAUUUCUACAAUUUUGGAUGGAAGGAUUAUGGUGUAGCAUCGCUUACCACCAUCUUAGAUAUGGUGAAGGUGAUGACAUUUGCCUUACAAGAAGGAAAAGUAGCUGUCCAUUGUCAUGCAGGGCUUGGUCGAACAGGUGUUUUAAUAGCAUGUUACUUAGUUUUUGCAACAAGGAUGACUGCUGACCAAGCAAUUAUAUUUGUUCGGGCAAAGCGGCCCAAUUCCAUACAAACUCGAGGACAACUGCUGUGUGUGAGGGAAUUUACUCAGUUUCUGAUUCCUCUUCGCAAUAUAUUCUCUUGCUGUGACCCCAAAGCACACGCUGUUACUCUAGCGCAGUAUCUCAUUCGCCAGCGGCAUCUGCUUCAUGGUUAUGAGGCCCGACUUCUGAAACACAUUCCCAAAAUUAUCCACCUCAUUUGCAAAUUGCUCCUGGACUUAGCCGAGAAUAGGCCAGUGGUGACAGAAGAGGUGGCCGAAGUGCCCAGCCUGUCUGCCGAAAUUGAAAAGACGGUUUCUGAGAUGAUCACCCUGCAGCUGGAUAAAGAGUUGCUGCAGCAGGGCAGCGACGUGUCAGAUUCCUUCCCCCCAACCGCAGUGGCCACAGACUUUGAGAAUCAGGAUGUGAUUCUUUCCAGCGAGCAAGAGAUUGACCCUCUUUGGAAGAGGCGGAAUGUCGAGUGCCUUCAGCCCCUGACUCACCUGAAAAGGCAAUUCAGCUACAGCGACUCAGAUUUAAAGCGGGCUGAGUCGCUUCUGGAGCAUGGCAGUGCUCCGUGGACAGGACCUGCCCCGGCCUUGCUUGGUCAUGACCCCGAGCAGCAGAAGCCCAUAAGCCACUGGCACACCCCUCAGUCUCCGCAGCUUGAUCCAAGUAAGGAAACGCUGGUCCGAAAUACGUUCUCUUUCUGGAAUCAGGCUAAAUUUGGAGGCCUGGAAGGACUCAAAGAUGAGGGGGCACCGGUUUUCCAUAAGGAGACUAUGGCAAAGGAAGUUCCGCGGAGCAGAACCUUCUCUUCAGGUGUUUCAGGUUCAUACAAUCCUGGGGAACCAGCUCUACUGGACCAUGCAGAUAUUGCCAAGGAGCCAGGCUGUUCUCCGCAGCAAGUGCCCCGCUGUCAGUGCAAAACUCCUGCUGGCUGCUGCUCCGACCCUUCCCGCAGCCCUGUGUCUUGUGGCUUCAGCCCCAAAGCACCCUUCUCGGCUGGACACACUCAAGUCCCCAACAGCAAAGAUCUGCCCACAGUUGCUCCAAACACUGCUUUACAGUCUGAAUUGAGUGUCGAAGCCAGGAGAAUACUGGCAGCCAAAGCCCUGGCAAGUUUAAAUGAAUGUGCAGAAGAGGAGGUGAAAAGGAAGGUAGAAAUGUGGCAGAAAGAACUAAAUUCCCGAGAUGGAGCUUGGGAAAGAAUAUGCGGCGAAAGGGACCCUUUUGUCCUGUGCAGUCUAAUGUGGUCCUGGGUGGAGCAGCUGAAGGAGCCUGUGAUCACCAAAGAGGACGUGGACACACUGGUUGCCAGCCAUGCAGAUGCCGCAGAAGCGUUGUUUCUAUUAGAGAAGGGCCAACACCAGACCAUCCUGUGCGUGCUGCACUGCGUAGUGAGCCUGCAGGCAGUGCCCGCAGACGUGGAGGAGGCCAUCCUCGCCCGUGCCAUUAAAGCCUUCACCAAGCAGGUUGAUUUUGACUCCGAAAAUGGACCAGUGGUUUACGACACCCUGAAGAAAAUUUUUAAACACACGCUGGAAGAAAACAGGAAAAUGACAAAAGACGGACUUCAGUCUGGCGUUUAGUGCCACUUCACCCGUAGCGGACAGCUCGGACCCGGAGACCUAGGUGGCAUUUCUGCGCACAGGUGAUCAGGUUGGAACCUGAAGCCACUUGGUCUCACAGCACUUUAAUGUCAGACGCUCUUGGCUUGUGCUCAGAACACUCAUUUCUGUUGGGAGCAAUUAUUUAUUUUAAACUAUCCGGGAGCUACAUUUUUGUGUCAAAAUUGCCAUCAUGUUGGUGCCACUUCCUUGUAUUUAUUUGACAGAAUUAAUAUUAUUGUAAAAACAUGUUAAGUAUGUGGUGUUUACAUCUUUAUUCUUUUUGACAUUUUGAAGCAAGUUGUAACUCUUCUUUCUGAAACAGUUAUUUUGUGGAACCCUUGCUGGAGUUUUACCAAAUAGGUCAUUUUAGUAGUAAGAUUUCAGUGGGGAUCAGUACCCCUGAACCAUGGCCUAUGGAAGUCACAAAGUGUCUUAAACUGUUUUGUAUUUGUUAAUAAGAAAGCUAUUGACACAGCAGUUUUUAAGGAUUUUUUUUUUAAUUUGCAAGCUUUUUGUUUUUCUUUUUACAAAUGUGUCAAAGGGUUUCAAAGUAAUACUGUUUUUCAGACCAAUUUAGCUUUGUGUUGAAGGGUUGACUGAAGCGGUUGGGAUUUUUACUGCAGGAGGUAGCCUUGCUCUUGAACAGGCCUCCAGACCCUAGUGCCAACCUCUGCUGCCACAGGAGGCAGGAGCGUUUCCCAGAAUGUCUAGCCUGACGCCCACCAAACAGCGUCUUCACAGAGGAAGGCCAUGUGGGCAGCUGCUCGGAAGCAGUACUCCACAGGGAGGACCAUCAGGCGGGGCAGGCUCUGUGCAGCAGCGUGACCACCAGCCCACACCUUCCACCAUCGUCUUGGGGCCAGAUCUUCAGCCACGCAUCACUCUGAGAACUAGGAUUCUUAAAUUAAACAUGAUACACAUAGGCCAUGAUCACCCUACGGGCUCUAGAUAAGAAACAAGUGAACUAGUUACUACCUACCUAGUAACUGCCUAACUAGUCUUUGUGAAUCAUACCAAUGGUGGCUCAACCAUUGAGCCGUUGAAGCCAUGAUGAAUGUGAGCAGUGCCAGAGGCCAUAAGAAGGUGAUCAUUUCUCCCAAUAAAUGAGAUAUUCAUCUAACAAAUUCCACGCUAAGGCUAUGACCUAACUUUAGAGACAGAAUUUGGGGGGAAGGAGGCUAACCAUGGAUGAGAUGCCCCAACUCCUGCAUCUCUGAAUGAGGCACAGGCGCAUCAGAAAUAUUGUAGUCUUUCUCUGUCCUAUGAACUCCAGUGGCAGAUGAAGAAUGCUGUUUCCUCCCACACUGUUUGAAUUUUCUUAGGAAAUCAGAUCCAGUGAAUUUUAAUGAACUGGGUUGGCUGUUCUUGAAAUUUCUCAUUUUUUUUUUUUUAAAUUUACGAUAGUCAUGCAGAGAGAGAGGCAGAGACACAGGCAGAGGGAGAAACAGGCUCCAUGCACUGGGAACCCGACGUGGGAUUCGAUCCUGGGUCUCCAGGAUCGCGCCCUGGGCCAAAGGCAGGCGCCAAACCGCUGCGCCACCCAGGGAUCCCAAAAUUUCUCAUUUUUAAGUGCCUAACACAGGAAAGAAGGUACAUUAUGUCAUUAUAUCCAAAGGUACAUUAUAAAAAUAUGUUUUUUACCCAAAAAGAUGUUUACCGUCAUUUCUGUAAGUCUCACGUGGGCAGCUGCCAGCAUGCCUCACUGGACAAAUGGCUAUCGGCCCAAGUGUCUGAGAUGGUCUUGCACGGCUACGAUGUGACCGCGGCAGUGCCAGCCCGAGGACAAGAGCUGAUGGGAGAGAGAAAUGAGGCUAUUUGCAGGCUUUGUGUGCAUUUGAAUAAAAGUAUGAAAAGAACAACCCAUAGCCCUCAUGCAUGUUUAGCUUGGAGCUCUUGGGGUCCUGAUGAUACAGGUGUGAUUGGCGAUGGGAUGAGCCUAAUGGGCAGACAGGGUCGUGGCCUGGACAUCAGCCAGGCUCUAGUCAUGCCGGACUCUGCUGGUGCAGGAUGAGCAGGCAGGCUGGAGGGGAGAGGGGAGCUCUGGGGGGAGCAGGUGAAGGGAAUCUUAAGGCUGCUGGGGUUCCUGCCUUCCUAUUUUUGAGUGGAUGAGGAGUUCUCUGCAGCCCGAAGGAUCGUUCUUCCAACCUGAAGAGCUUACAGGGUUGCGGGAUUCAGCUCAAUGGAAGCAUGAAGGGCAAGAGCAUACACACCCACACUGUGGCCAUGCAUGUGCAUUGUCUAGAAGCACUGUUUGCCCUUGCCUGGGGGAGUCCCAGUCUGACCGACUCUGGACCAUGACCUCCUCCUUUCCAAAGCCGCCUGCCUGUGCACUACUGACAGAGUGCCCGCUGGGGACUAUAGACCUUAUCGGCACCAGGCUCCGGGGGGGCUCUGUGGAGCACCGAGCUGUUCGUGACUGGGUGAAGGUACCUGCCUCCUCUGUCCUGCAAAGCCGGUGGGGCUGCCCUGCUACUGUCGCAUGUCUCAGCGUAUCUCACUUAGGAAGCACAGGAUUUCCGGCCACUUACCAGUUUUCUCUCUCAGAGUUCAUGGAUGCCCUCUGCACCAAGUGCUGCUGGUUUUGAGAUUGUUUUAUCUGUUUGCAGAACUCAGUCUAUAGCCAGCUGCUCAGUCUUAUCUCAGGAAGAGCAUGUGCUUUCAUCAUGUCGGGGGCCCGUGA